AUGGAAGACAAGACACCAAAACGAAGAGAGUCCAUCUCGCUCACAUCUGUGGCCAAUGGUCUGGAGAACAAGGGGGCUGAGCUCUUGGAAAGCCUGGAGGAAGGCCGGACCCCUGGCAACGUCUCAAGCCCUGCAGAGGGUGGGGACAGCUGGACCGAGGCCAGCCCGGAGCCCUUCUCAGGACGGCGGAGCCCGCGGCCGGCCCUGAGGGCCCGACGCUCCUGCAGGGAGCACGCACAGCUUUUUCGAUGGAUCUGCUCGGGCCUGCUCUGUACAGCGUUCGCUGCCUUCCUGCUGACUGCCAGCCUCCUGGAUUUCCAGAGGGCCCUGGCACUCUUUGUCCUCACCUGUGUGGUCCUCACCUUCCUGGCCCACAGCCUGCUGAAGAGACUGCUGGGACACACACUGCUGAGGUGUGUCAAGCCUCUGGGGCAUUACCGCCUGCGCCUAUGGUUUGAGAGGGGUCUGGCCCUUGCUGCUUUCCUGGGCUUGGUCUUGUGGCUGGUUCUGGACACCUCCCAGCGGCCUGAGCAGCUAGUGUCCUUUGCAGGAAUCUGCGUGUUCAUCAGCCUCCUCUUUGCCUGCUCAAAGCAUCACCGCGCAGUGUCCUGGAGGGCUGUGUCCUGGGGCCUUGGCCUACAGUUUGCACUUGGACUCUUCGUCAUCAGAACAGAACCAGGAUUUAUCGCAUUCCAGUGGAUGGGCAACCAGAUCCAGAUCUUCCUGAGCUACACGGAUGCCGGCUCCAGCUUUGUGUUUGGGGAGGCGAUGGUCAAGGGUGUCUUUGCCUUUCAGAUUCUGCCCAUUGUCAUCUUCUUCAGCUGUGUCAUGUCCAUUCUGUACUAUGUGGGCCUCAUGCAGUGGGUGAUCCAGAAGAUCAGUUGGCUGAUGCAGGCCACCAUGGGCACCAUGGCCACUGAGACCCUGAGUGUGGCUGGAAACAUCUUUGUGAGCCAGACGGAGGCUCCUCUGCUGAUCCGGCCCUACCUGGCCGACAUGACUCUGUCCGAAAUCCACGCCGUCAUGACCGGAGGCUAUGCUACCAUUGCUGGCAGCCUGCUGGGCGCCUACGUCUCCUUUGGGAUCGAUGCCGCCUCCCUGAUUGCCGCCUCCGUGAUGGCCGCCCCUUGUGCCUUGGCCCUGUCCAAGCUGGUCUACCCAGAGGUGGAGGAGUCCAAGUUUAAGGGCGCAGAAGGGGUGAAACUGACUGGAGGAGACGCCCAGAACCUCUUAGAAGCAGCCAGCAAUGGGGCCACUGUCUCCGUGAAGCUGGUGGGGAACAUCGGAGCCAACCUGAUUGCUUUCCUGGCGUUGCUGGCCUUCGUCAACGCGGCCCUCUCCUGGCUGGGAGCCAUGGUGGGUGCCCAGGAGCUCAGCUUCCAGCUCAUCUGCUCCUACGCCCUGCGGCCUGUGGCCUUCUUAAUGGGGGUGGCCUGGGAGGACUGCCCGGUGGUGGCGGAGCUCCUGGGGAUCAAGCUGUUCCUGAACGAGUUCGUGGCCUAUCAGGAGCUCUCCCAGUACAAGAGGCACCGCCUUGCGGGAGCUGAGGAGUGGGUCGGCGCCAAGAAGCAGUGGAUCUCCGUCAGAGCAGAAAUCCUCACGACAUUUGCCCUCUGUGGAUUUGCCAACUUCAGUUCCAUUGGGAUCAUGCUGGGAGGCCUGACCUCCAUGGCCCCCCAGCGGAAGAGCGACUUCUCCCAGAUAGUGCUCCGGGCACUCUGCACGGGGACCUGUGUGUCGCUGGUGAAUGCCUGCGUGGCCGGGAUCCUCUAUGUGCCCCGGGGGGCCGCGGUCGACUGCACGGCCCUCCUGAACGCAACCGUGGGCAGCAGCAGCUUCGAGGUGUACCAGUGUUGCCGCCGGGCCUUCCAGAGCCCCAGCCCAGAGGUCAGCCGAGGGGCCCUGGACGUCUGCUGUCGAUUUUACAACCACACGAUCUGUGCGUAGCGGGGACAGCACGUCUUCGGCCUCCUGGGGGCUGCUCAUCCCCAUGAAGUGGCUGUCCCCACCCUUCUCUCUCUCACCCCUCCCUCCUGGGGGGGUAGCCACGGGGCUGAGACUCACCUCGGUCACGCGGUUGGGGAGGAGUUGAUGGGGCGAGCGGGCAGAGAGUGGGUGGUGUGGAAGUGAGGGAUGCCCCCCAAUCCCCGACCCCUUCCUGCUCCCUCCCGAAAUGUGAAUUCUCAGGGUCACCUCUGCCUCCUUUUCUCUCCCCUCCGCAUCCAAACAGCACUCUGGUCCUCUUUGUCUCCCCACCGUGGGUCUCUCACGUGCACCCUUCCCUUCAGUUAUGGGGUCCCUCACGCUGGGCUUUGCAGCCGCCUCCCUCCCUCCCUCCUCCUCCUCUGGCACUGGAAUCUUGCCGUGGCUUACCUGGGCCAGACCCUUCCUCUACUUUCAGAGGCUCCCCUGCAGCCUUUGCCCAUAGUGUUCCCAAACUGGUGUCCCGUGGAACA